AGACCGAAGCUUACAUCUAGAACAUGUGGCCGAGAUCUGCAGAUGCCAUAUAAAAACACAGUUCGCUCGUACUGUUGUUCUGUGUUUCUUGAAGCUCCCUUGGUGAUCCGUCGCCUAUCCCAGGAAUCUGGUAACUUAGCGAGCAAUUCAGUAUGUCGUCAACCAAUGUUGAGGGCGAAAAACCCGCGGUGCACAAUGGCAGCGACGCGGAUGUCAAGGUCGAGCGGGUUGUCUCCCAAGAAGAGCACGCUUACGACCUGGAUACGAGGGCCAAGGUCUCUGAUUAUAAGGCCGACGCAAUCGAUGCAGAGAACGCGGAACACAACAUGGGCGUACUGGAGGCCGUUAGAGCCUACCCCAUGGCGACCUUCUGGGCCUUCGUCAUGUCUUUCACCAUUAUUAUGGAAUCCUACGAUGUCUUCCUCUGUAACAACUUCGUCGCCUUGCCUGCGUUCAGAGAAAAAUACGGUGUAAUGCAUGAGGGUAAUUGGUACAUCACGACAUCGUGGCAGUCGGCGCUCCAGGUAUCUGGACAACUUGGUGCUCUUAUCGGCGUCUUCCUUGCUGGUCCACUCACCAGCUGGAUCGGUUAUCGCUGGGCGACACUAGCCGGCCUCAUGUUCCUGAACGGUUUUAUCUUCCUCUUCUACUUUGCCAACUCGCUUCCACUUAUUUUCGUUUCUCAGCUCCUUGAGGGCUUGCCGUGGGGUAUCUUCAUCGCCAAUGCACCGGCAUACUGUAGUGAGAUUGUGCCGCUCCCACUUCGAGCCCCUGCUACCCAAAUGCUGCAAAUGUUCUGGGCCAUUGGCAGUAUCAUUGUUGGCGCCGUGACCUACGUCUACAACCCUGUCAGGAAUGAAAGUGCUUUCAAGAUUCCCAUUGCACUUCAAUGGAUAUUCCCCACCCCGCUCGCUAUCCUUAUCUUCCUUGCACCAGAGUCUCCCUGGUGGCUAGUUCGGAAGGGACGUCUUGAAGAAGCAGCAAAUGCUGUUGGACGUCUGGGACGCAGGUCGAGACUGAAUGUCAACGAGACCGUAGCUAUGAUGCGUCGUGUGGUGGAACUCGAGAAGACCGAGAAGGAACCCAACCAUCUCGAAUUGUUCAAGGGCACUGAUCUUUACCGUACCCUCAUCGUGUGCGGUGUCUACGCGGCACAGAAUCUUACGGGCAACUUGAUUGCUAACCAGGCCGUCUUCUUCUUCGAGCAGGCUGGUGUAUCGACCAAUACCGCGUUCGCCCUCGGUCUAGUCGUAUCUGGACUGCAGAUAGUCUUCGUCAUGCUUUCCUGGAUCCUCACCUCGUACCUCGGCCGACGUACCAUCUACCUCUGGGGCUCUGCUUUCAACGUCGUCCUCCUGAUCGCCCUUGGUGUCGCAGCCUCUGUUGGCAUGUCUGUCGCAGCCUCCAACGCGCAAGCGAGCUUGGGUCUAAUUAUCUCGGUCUUAUUCACCCUCGGACCUGCGCCCGCGUCGUGGGUUAUUAUUGGCGAAACCUCUUCUAUUCGCCUCAGACCUCUCACCACUGGAGUUGGACGCGCUUCAUAUUAUCUCGUUGAGAUUCCUCUCAUCUUCCUCUCUAGUUGGCUGCUCAACCCCACGGGUGGAAAUCUUGGUGGCAAGUGUGGCUACGUCUGGGGAGGCACCGGCCUGUUCUGCUUCGUCGUGGCGUACUUCUGGCUGCCUGAGAUGAGAGGCCGGUCGUACCGUGAGAUUGACAUAUUGUUUAGGCGCAAGGUGCCGGCACGCCAGUGGAAGAAGACAGUUAUUGAUGUGCAUGAUGACGAGUAGAUGCAGACAGGGCCAGUGAAGUCGUGGAUG